AUGGAGGCCGAGAACCGCACCUCUAUCACAGAGUUCAUCUUGGUGGGCCUCACCAAUGACCGAAAGAAGCAGAUUCUGCUCUUUGUGAUAACUCUCCUAAUCUACUCUUUGAGCAUUGUGGGAAAUGUAAUGGUGAUCAUGCUGGUGCGGGCUGACUCCCGUCUCCACACACCCAUGUACUUCUUCCUCACACAGCUCGCAUACGUGGAGAUCUGCUACGUCACCAGCACCUUUCCCCAGAUGCUGUUUAACCUUCUGACUGGAAAUGGAGCCAUCUCCUUAACCCGUUGUGCUCUCCAGAUGUUUAUUGCAUUAUCCUUGGGUGUCACUGAAUGCUUUCUGCUGGCCGCCAUGGCCUAUGACCGCUACUUGGCCAUCUGCCACCCCCUGCUAUACACCAUUCUCAUGGGCAGGGGGCGCCAACUGCAGCUCGCUUCAGCCUCCUGGGGAUGGAGCACCUUCUUUGCUACCAUAGGUGUGAGCUGCACCUUUCAUCACCACUUCUGUGGGCCCAACCGCAUCAACCACUUCUUCUGUGAGCUGCCAGUAGUCCUGAAACUCGCAUGUGCCAACACUCAGGUCACAGAGUUGAUUGUGUUUUUGGCAGCCACUGUGGUCCUCCUGAGUUCUAUUUCUACUGUCCUGACCUCCUAUGGGCUCAUUCUGUCCACGGUAUUAAAAAUGAGAUCGACAGCUGGACGACACAAGGCCUUCUCAACAUGUGCCUCUCACUUGGCAGUGGUCACGGUGUUCUAUGGCACGGUUAUUACCAUGUACAUGAGACCAGGGCAAGUUAGAGCUUCUGAUUUUGACAAACAAAUUGCUAUCUUUUACAUUAUGGUCACUCCUUUGCUCAACCCUAUCAUUUACACCCUGAGGAAUAAGGACAUCCAUGCUGCUGCAGCCAAGGUGUUGGGAAGACAGGACAUGGUGCAGAAAAGAUGA